AUGGGUGAUGUGAAGAAGCUGCACGGGACAUGGAAUAGCCCAUAUAGUUGGAGAGUGAUUUGGGCGCUGAAACUGAAGGGCAUACCGUAUGAAUACAUAGAGGAAGAUUUGCGCAAUAAAAGUCCCAUGCUUCUACAGCAUAACCCUGUCCACAAGAAGAUCCCAGUGCUUGUUCAUGAUGGGAAACCAAUUUGUGAAUCCAUGGUAAUCCUCGAAUACAUUGAAGAGACUUGGCCACAGAACCCCAUGCUGCCCACCGACCCUUAUGAGAAAUCUGUAGCUCGGUUCUGGCUCAGGUUUGCAGAGGAUAAGGAGAUCCCAAUGCUAUGGAGAAUAGCUCGUACCAAUGGAGAAGAAGAAAAGCAAGCCAUCAAGGAUGCCUCUGAGAUGCUAAAAAUGAUCGAAGAACAUGGAAUAAGCGAGAAGUUUUUCGGUGGUCAGAAGAUUGGCCUGGUGGAUUUAGCAUUGGGUGCAAUUGCUCACUGGUUUGUUGCCAUUGAUUCAAAAAAGGGCUUGAAGAUGCUUGAAGGCCAUAACUUCCCUCGUCUGCAUUCCUGGACCAAAGAUUUCAAGGAAGAUCCUGUGAUCAAAGAAAACCUUCCCGACCUCACGCCUCUUCUCAAGGAUGAAGGGAGGAAGAAGAAUUACCUGGCGCGGAGGAGGUUGUGCGUCGCUGGCGGUGCUGCGGCGGAGGCUGGUGGUGUCAAGCGGUGGCGCUACCCUUUCGGACGGUGUGCAGGGGAGCGAAAGGGCGUUGGGCCCUUCAUUAGUGCGCCAUGGGGAGCGGGUUUCGCGGUGGCUGGUCGGCCACCACCCGCGACAGCCAUGCGCCGUUCCCUUGCUUUCGGCAGUGUGAACGGCCGGUCGGCCAAUGGCUUCGGUCGGUGGUCCAGGGCGUGGGGCUUCGGGUCGGUGAGGUGUGUGGUCUAG